AUGCCGAUCGAUCAAAUGAUUUUUGAACUUGAAAGCGACUCACUGAAGAAUCUGAGCUCUCCAUCGCGGGCGCAAAAUUUCUGGACAACGAAAUCCACGCCAACUAAAACUGAAGAUACAGGAAAAGAGAAAGAGAAACGAUUGCUGAUGACGCCGACGAAAAACAGCUCUUUUGAUAGAACAGUGGAGCGGUUCUACGACGAGGAGCUCACUCAGGAGGACUUAAGCCGAGACUGCUACAUGGCUUCGUUGCUGAAAAAUCUCACUUGCACGCAGAAAAAGAAGAAAUGCCCGGCGAUGAAUUUGAGCGAAAAUGAGGUUCGAUCUGGACGACGACUGAGCUUCGGCAACAAACGGAAAGGAAGAAGUAGAGCUGUUUUUCAAACUCAAGAACCGCGCGAACUUGAGUCGAUUCAAUUUAUUGAAGAAGAUGAUGAAGAUACUCCUGUGCCAAUGAAGAAGUCUCAAACACAAUGA